AUGUCGGAAGCCGGUGACAGCACACACAAGCGAACUAAGAGCGCCGCCCUCUCUAUCCUCCGGCGGAAGGACCGAAACACCGCAGGUAGCACUGCCAGCGGCGCCGGCACGGGCGACGAGGAUGCCACCUCCGAGGACGGCUCCGUGAAUGCGCCCCUCUCCCACUCCAACUCCGGCCGCGACCUGCCCGCCAUGGCCUACCAGCAACAGAGUCAAUCCUCUACCUCUACCCCCGUGCCCUUCAAGGGCCACGUCUCGCGUGCCUCGGGCGCCGGAGGCUCGCUGACCGGCCGGAGUCCUUCGUCCACCCAUGGUGCGUCUUCACGACCCGGUGUUGCCAACGCCAGCAGCUCAAAUGCCCCUCCUGCAAUCACUCCCGUCUCAGGAUCCUCUCCGUCGUCCACACUUGAGCAGUCCGUACGCAAGUUCCGCAUCGUGGAGGCCCUCCGCAGCGGCGACACUGCCUACAUCACCAAAGCCAUCCGCGAAACAUCCGAUACUACCGGUGCCCGCGCGAGCAUAUCUUCCUUUGCUACCGCGUCCGCAGCUGGUGCGGCGGCCGGCGGUGGCCUUGACGACACCACUGUGUUGCACCUGGCCAUCCAGUGCGCCGAGUUCGCCGUCGUCGAGUACGUGCUGUCGGACGGCGCAGGCCUUAUCGACAUCAACGCCCGCGACAAGGACGGCAACACGGCUCUGCACCUCGCAGCGACCCAGGGGCGCACUCAGGUCGUGCGCCUACUGCUCGAGCAGAAGGACAUCAACGACUCCCUGCCCAACGGCCAGGGCCGUCUGCCGCUCGAUCUCGCCCGCAACCCAGAAAUCUUCCAGCUCCUGCAGCUCUCCCGGUCGCUCUUCACCGAAAGCAAGGUCAACGAGAUUCAGGAUUUGAUUGCCCGUGGCGAGUACCACACCCUCGCCCAGGUGCUGGAGGAGCCGCGACUCAAGACCGUGCUCGACAUCAACAGCACCGAAUUCGUCUCCGACCCCGUCACCAGCCAGGCCGGUGGCACCCUUCUGCACGAAGCGGCCCGCCGCAAAAACUCGCAGCUCAUCCAGGUUCUGCUGCUGCACGGUGCCGACCCGUUCCGCCGCGACCGCAAGGGCAAGCUUCCCCAGGACGUUACCAAGGACGAUGUGACGCGAGCCAUGCUGAAGAAGUCGCCUGCGGCUGUCGCUGCCCAGCGCGGCAUCCAAGAAAAGGCGGUUCUUGGUGCCGCCGCACAAGGUGGUCUUGGCUACGGUAGCAACCUCGGCGGCGGCGGCGCCUCGAGCUCCGCCCUGGGCGGUGGUACUGCCGGUGGUGCUGGUGGUAGUGCCAGCGGUGCCGGAAGCACAACCGGCAGUGGUGCGGGUGGCCCGCCCGAUCCGCUCGCUGGCCGUGAAGCCCGCGAGAUGAAGGGCUACCUGAAGAAGUGGACCAAUUACCGCAAGGGUUACCAACUGCGCUGGUUUGUGCUUGAAGAUGGAGUUCUCAGUUACUACAAGCACCAGGAUGACGCCGGGUCUGCCUGUCGUGGCGCCAUCAACAUGCGCAUUGCGCGCCUCAACAUGAGCGCCGACGAAAAGACCAAAUUUGAAAUUAUUGGCAAGUCAUCCGUCAAGUAUACGCUCAAGGCCAACCACGAGGUCGAGGCCAAGCGCUGGUUCUGGGCGCUCAACAACUCCAUCCAGUGGACCAAGGACCAGGCCAAGGAAGAGGAACGCCAGCGCGCCCGCAGUGCCGAGCUGCUGCGCCAGGCUAAGGCCGACCACAGUUUGCAGCCGCAGGCCUCGCACCAGUCCCACCUUUCCCUUUCGCAGACGACGUCCAUCAACAACGAUGCAGAGAGUGCCAGUGCCAGUCCCGCCGCCGCUGCCGCCGGCAUUCAUGGUGACUCGGGUCGCCGCAACAGCGCACAACUUUCCCGGAUUCAGUCCGCCGCGCAGCGGUCCGUGUCCCACAAGGCCAUUGUCACGGCCGGUGGUGUCGGCGCCAGUACCGCUGGCAGCAUCGACGAUGACACGGGCACCGGACUGGGUGUCAACGAUUAUGCUGAUGCGGUUGAGGGCAAGGGCCGUGGUGCUAAUUACGACAAUGGCGGCGAUGACGACGAUCUUGGUGAUGACGACGACCUCGAUGCGUCCAGUGGCCACGACCGUGACGCACCAUCUGCCACACGCGACGCACUCAACAUCACCGCACAGUCCGCACGCCUCCAACUCGAGACCAUGGCACAGGUCAACCAGGCCCUCGUCGCCGAGGUCUCGCGCAACCCGGCAUUGACUUUGGCCGAUACCAAGACGACCGCCGCGCUCUCUACCUACGAUGCCGCCAUUCGCUCGCUGACAGGCCUUAUUGGCGACUUGAUGCGCAUUUCGCGUGACCGUGACGCAUUUUGGCAGUACCGCUUGGACCGUGAGGUCGAGAUGCGCCGCAUGUGGGAGGAGAGCAUGGCACAGGUUGCGCGGGAGCAGGAAGCGCUGGAGGCGCGCGUUGGCGAGGCGGAAGAGAAGAAGAAGUCGGCCAAGCGCAUCCUUAAGGAGGUUAUAAACAACGGCAUGCUCGACGAACAGCCGGCGGGUAGCGCUGCUGCAUCCCCGCACCUGGGCAACAGCGGCAUCCUGGCCGGUGCCACUGCAUCAGCUGCAGUUGCUGCAGCUGGUGCGGUGGCAGUCAACAAAACAACGGCAACUACGGCCAUGGCCGGCGCCGACAGCCACCAUGAUCUCAUCAUCCCAAGCAGUACAGGUGCCAAGUCGCCCUCAAUCUAUACGACAAACACAUCGAGACGGCAGACCGUGUUGGACCAGGUGGCCGCGGCGGGCCUGUCCGACUCGGACGAUGACGACGACGACGAAUUCUUUGAUGCGGUUGAUGCUGGGGAGGUGGUUGUCGAGUCAAGAUUGCCGUCCGAGACCAAGACCGCUACACUGAGCAGCACAAAAGCAGAGGCUGCUGUUGAUGAGACAGCUGAGGACGCUGCCAGCUUGACGGCCGAAAAGGAAGCGGCCACUGUCGGCGACGGUAGUGGCGGUAAAAUUGUCGUGUCGCCUGGCGUCGAUAUCAGCAAGUCCUUCAAGGGUUACGAGAACGGCAUCCGCCAUCGGCUGAAGAUUGACGCUGACAACCGGCCGAAACUGUCACUCUGGAGCAUUUUGAAGUCCAUGGUGGGCAAGGACAUGACCAAGAUGACGUUGCCUGUCACGUUUAACGAGCCAACGUCGCUGCUGUACCGUUGCGGCGAGGACAUGGAAUACGCCGACCUUCUGGACCGUGCGGUCGAGCGCUCCGACUCCAUCGAGCGUCUCAUCUACGUGGCGGCCUUCGCAGCCAGCGAAUACGCAUCUACGAUUGGUCGUGUCGCCAAACCCUUCAAUCCGCUUUUGGGCGAGACGUUCGAGUACGUGCGCCCAGACAAGAACUACCGCUUCUUCAUUGAGCAAGUCAGCCACCACCCACCUGUUGGUGCCGCGUGGGCUGAAUCGCCGUACUGGACCUACUACGGCGAGUCUGCCGUCAAAUCCAAGUUUUAUGGCAAGUCCUUUGACAUCAACCCGCUGGGCACCUGGUUCCUGAAGCUGCGGCCGAAGCAUGGCGGCAAGGAAGACUUCUUCACGUGGAAGAAGGUCACCUCGUCCGUCAUUGGCAUCAUCACGGGCAGCCCUACGGUCGACAACUACGGCGUCAUGGAAAUCAAGAACUGGACGACAGGCGAGAUUGCGUACGUCGACUUCAAGCCGCGUGGCUGGACGGCCGCGUCGGCCUACGUCAUCUCGGGCAAGAUUGUGGACGCCACGGGCCGCGUCCGCGUCUCACUCGGCGGCCGCUGGAACUCCAAGAUGUACGCGCGCAUGACCCCUGGCUACCAGGCGAGCGUCACGGAGCUCACUGGCAAGAGCUCGCCCAGCGGCAACGGCACGAGCGACAUUGACGCGGCCACGGGCCAGAUCAGCGGGCCGAUGGCGGACCCCAACCGCGUGUACUUGAUCUGGCAGGCCAACGAGCGGCCCAAGGGCAUCCCGUUCAACCUCACGCCGUUUGUGCUCACGUUCAACGACAUCAACGAACAACUGCGGCCCUGGAUCGCGCCCACCGACUCGCGGCUGCGGCCGGACCAGCGUGCCAUGGAGGAGGGCAACUACGAUUUUGCGGCCACAGAGAAGAACCGCCUCGAGAACGAGCAGCGGUCGCGGCGGCGCGACCGCGAGACGUUGGGCGAGGAGUUUGUGCCGGCAUGGUUCGAAAAGGCCAAGUGCCCAAUCACGGGCGAGGCGUACUGGCAGUUCAACGGCAAAUACUGGGACAUGCGGGACCGGGCCGGCCGGGGCGACCGCAGCGUGUGGGACCAUUUGGAGCCCAUCUUUGUGGAACAGAACCAGUAG